AUGGACCCAGAUACAAGCAGAAGCGACAGGCUUAUGACCCUAUACGAGCUGAUGCUUAAGGCGGAGAAAAGACUCGACCACGCAAUAACCCAGAAGAAGAUGGCCGUAGAAGAGGCACACUUCAAAAAAAUAAAGAAAGUUGCGACUGUCCGGAUAAACAUACUCCUGGAGAGAACCUCUGAGGAUACGCUUUUCAUCCUCAUCGGGGGAAAAGUGAAGGAAGAUCCGAGCGAGUAUGCAGAAGGCACUGCUGAGAUCAAGCCGAUUGGAUCUGUUCUGAAUAGGCUCUUCGUAGAGCUAUCGAGCACUCCCGGAGAGUCUUCUGGAGCACAUGCGAAGCCUGCAGAGGGCUUGGAGAGUGCAGAGUCCGGGGAGGAAGGAAGAAAUCGCGUGGAAAUGGCCAAUACGGGAGGAGACGCCUUCUUUGAGUGGCAUAAUAGAGCACCUCCUUCGAAUGUCUCUGAGUUUGAGAUAAAGACCUCAGAGAAGGCCUCCCACGGAAAAGUCUUUCUGAGCUUUAUAAGCUACACGGGAGUAUACGAAGUCUGUGCGGAGUUAGCGCAGGCGAUUGGAAUCUCUCGGGGGUCUCGGCCUGCGAUACUUUUGGGGCUGUGGAAGUAUAUAACCGCCCAGAAGAUGCGAGACCCUGGAAAUCAAAAGAUCAUUUUUUGUAACGACAUUUUUAAAAAAGUCUUUUCUCAGGAGCAAAUCACCUUCACGGAAAUCAUCCAGAGACUCGACCAGUAUCUCUCGCCUGUUGAUAUGGUAGCCUUUGACUUUCUGGUUCCAACGCAGGCAGGGAGUAAGACCAGAGUAGCGUACGAUAUAACGACAGAGUUGGACCCGCUGAAUAAGGAAUACGCGUACUCCAACGGAAACAAAAUCUCGAUACUCAACAGGAAGAUAGAGGAUAUUCUCCUCCGCAUAGAGAAGCAGAGCGAGAAGGUGGAGGCCCUCGAAAAGUUCAUAGAGAACCCGCGGGAGUACAUCACGAACUGGCUCCAGGAGAGCUCCAAGGAGCUGCACCUCAUUGCGGACGACUUGUUCGACGUAAACGACGGAUUCUACACCCAGAAGGAGAUCCAGGAGAGCGUAUACCAGCUGCUGCAGAACUACAAGUAG